UAUCACUAUGUCCCCAUGGAGUGGAUCUGUGUCCUUUUCGUGGUGUUGUACAGUAUAUCAGCUGCCCUCCACUUGGGCCAGGUGCUGAAGUAUAAACUGUGGUGGAUGAUUCCCAUGGUGACCUUCAUGGGUCUAUUGGAAAUAUUAGGAUGGAGUGCCAGGUUAUGGUCAAGUCGGAACCCCAGGCUUUUGACACCUUAUGAGAUGCAGAUCAUUGGCACUAUCAUAGCACCUACCCCACUAGUUGCAGCCAACUUUAUCAUCCUUGGCAAGGUUAUCACUCAAAUUGGAUCCCAGUACAGCCAUCUAACCCCAAAGAUAUACACCAUCAUUUUCUCUGUUUUGUUAGAUGUCGUUUGCUUGAUCAUACAAGCUGUGGGAGGCACAUUCACUGCACAUGCUGCCAGCAUGAAGACAAACACUAUGAUGGGCACAAACAUCAUGCUAGGAGGAAUUGCUGCUCAGCUAUUUGCAAUAGUGAUCUAUGUCGCUUUAGUGGCUGAGACUCUCUUGCAUCUGAGAUAUAACAUGCCCUUCCAUUACGUUGACCAGCCUCACAUAUUGGAGAAAGGCCAACCUGCUGUGAGUAAGAAAUUGCAACUUAUGCUUUUUGGAAUGGCAUUCAAUUCUGGACACAGAUUGAGAGCUGCUGUGGGCCAUCUCAUCACUGCACGAAUGUAA